GAUCCUUAUUCACUCCUUUUUUCGCAACCGAUUUUAUCCUUUUUUGCUUGAGCAGUGAGCAGCAGCAACCAGCUCUUACUAUGAGCAGUGGCAGCAAAUAGAUUUCCAUCCCGCCAGCAAGUGCCUAAGCUGUGAGCAGUAGCAGCGAACAGCAACAGUAAGCAACGGCACCGUAGCAGUCCAAAAUCUCUCUCUCCCCUGCGAUGCAAGGAAGGUCAUUGAAAUUGAAAUGCCAGAUAUUGAAGAACAGGUGCAGAAUGUUUCAUGCUUGUCACGUGGUAACCUUGGGAGACGUGUUCGUCAAAAGAUUCAAGAUGUGAAGGAAAUUUACGAUCGAGGUAGUUUCCCCGAAGGUCUUGUAAUUGAAAGGUCUCCACCUAUUGGAAUCCCAUUGCCAACAGAGAAUAUGGUGGGCGAGGUUAAUGUGAAGGAAAAAAUUUGGGAAUACUUAAUGAGUCGCGAGGUUGGAAUUAUUGGAGUUCGUGGAAUCGGUGGAGUUGGCAAAACCACUGUUAUGAAACACAUCCAUAAUGAAUUACUGAAAAAGCCUAGCAGGUUUGAGAAGGUCGUCUGGGUUACAGUAUCACAUCCUCUCAAUGUUUUCAGAUUGCAAGAUGACAUUGCUAGGGCAAUGAACAAGGCAACGAAGGAAAGUCUUUCAGAUUGUCGGGAUGAAUUGAGCCGGGCAUCAAGACUGAUGGAGGCUAUGAAAAAAGUUAAAUAUGCACUGAUCUUAGAUGAUGUAUGGGAUAAAUUUACUCUUCACAGAAUUGGAAUCCCAGAACCAACAAUAGAAAAUGGGUGUAAAAUUGUUAUUACUAGCAGAUCGAUUGGUGUAUGCAACUACUUGAAAUGUCAGGUAGUUAAAGUACCACCUCUACCAAAGCAAGAGUCUUUGAACUUGUUUUUAGAUAAGGUUGGGCAAGAUGUUUUACGAAUUCCCAAUUUGGAAGAGAUUUUGAAGCUUAUGGUGGCUGCAUGCGCUGGUUUGCCAUUGGCCCUUGUUGUCAUUGCGGGGACCAUGAGAGGAGUACAAGAUAUUUCUGAGUGGAGAGAUGCAUUACGUGAAUUGCGUCAGUGUGUGGUGGACACAGAGAAAGAUUCAGAAGAUGAGAUAUUUAAUCGUUUGAAGUUCAGUUAUGACCGUCUACCAAAAAAUUCAAGCAUCCAAGAGUGUUUCUUAUAUUGCUCAUUGUAUCCGGAAGAUUGGAAUAUUAGAAGAAAAGAUCUAAUUGAAAACUGGAUUUGUGAGGGAACUGUUCAAAAAUUAGGAAGCAGAAGAGAAAUGCAUGAUAAAGGAAAUGCUAUUUUAAAUAGGCUUUUAAACUGUUGUUUGUUAGAGGAAGCCAAUAAAGAGGCGUGUGUUAAGAUGCAUGAUGUUGUGAGGGACAUGGCAUUGCGCAUCAAGAGCACCGGUCCUGGCAGGUUUAUGGUAAAAGCUGGAAUGAGAUUGGAAGAGAUACCGGAUGAGGAUGAAUGGAAUGAAGAUCUAGACAAGGUGUCCCUCAUGGAAAAUGAAAUAUCAUAUAUCCCUCAAAAUAUGUCCCCCAAAUGCUUGAUGCUCUCAGCCUUGAUUUUGGAGGGUAAUUACGGCUUGAGACAAAUUUCAGAGUGUUUUUUUGCUAACAUGCCCCUGUUGAAGUUUCUUGAUCUUUCUAGAACUGGCAUUGAGGUUCUACCUAAUUCCAUAUGUAACUUGGAAUAUCUCACUGCACUGAUCCUCUGUGGAUGUGAGCGUUUAGAACGCAUGCCUUCAUUGUCAAAGCUUAAAGCACUGAAGAAGUUGGAUUUGAAAGGAGCAGGCCUUCGUGAGGCUCCUGAAGGCAUUGAAAUGUUAGAAAAUCUGGAAUAUCUUGAUUUAUCUUGUCCCAACCUGAGGGUGCUACCAAGAGGAAAAAUCAGUAACCUCUUCCGCCUCCAAUACCUACGUACACAUCGAAUUUUUUCAAGUGAAAUAAGGGUAGAAGAAGUAGCAGGUUUGAAGAUGCUGGAAUUGUUUGAAGGUGGAUUUGAUUGGCUGAAAGACUUCAGCAGUUUUGUUAACAAGUUGAACCAUUUUGGAAGACCCUGUCAUUACUUUAUGAAAAUGGAAGAAGAAACAGGCGCGCCAACGGGAUUGCAACCGGUUCGAUUCUGGGUUAAUUGGAAUUCAUUAUGGUUAUCGGAUAUCAAGGAAUUAGUACCAAAAGAUAUGAGACACACAGACAAAGAUGAGGGGUAUUUUUGGGAGUUCAACAAUAAUGAUCUUCCUAAAUGGGUAAUUUUAUUCAGUUGCAAGAUGGGAGAAGAAGAUGAGUUGGUCCUUCCAGAUGACCUUCAGGAUUUGAGGAUUGAAAGGUGCAAAAUGGUCGGUGAUAUUUCUAUUUUUCAGAAAGAUCCUACUCAAUUGCGAACAUGUGCUUUGAAAUACUGCCGACGGAUAGUGUGUGUGGUUUCUUUGUCAUCAUCUUCAUCUACUUCCUUAACAGUUAUGAAUAACCUUGAAGUACUAACUCUUGAGGAUUUGCCUAACUUGCGGGAUGUUGUGAAAGUGGAAAAAGCAAGAGCAUCGCUUGCACCAACAAUAUCCCUUCACAUCUUUUCUAAUCUUAAACAGCUAAGGAUAUGGAAUUGUUCAAAAUUGAAGAAGCUUUUUCCAUGUGAGCUGCUUCAAGGUCAGGGCCUCCAAAACUUGGAGCUGAUUGAGGUGAAACAUUGUUGGGGGAUGGAGGAAAUAAUAGGAUGGGAGGAAGAAGAGGAAGGAAAUCAAACAACUACUACAAUAUUGAUCACUCUUCCAAAAUUAAGGAUAUUGGAGUUGCAAGUCGUACCAGAAUUGAAGAGAAUCUGCCCCGAAAGAGGAGUAAUGGAAAACGCGCAACCAUCUCUUCCUGCUGUCAAAUCUAUCUAUAUUUUCAAUCCAAAAGAAUGGUGGGAAUCGUUGGAGUGGGAGAAUCCUGACGAUAAGAUUGUCCUCCUACCUUUCCUCCAAUAUGAUGAGCUCUUGGACGGCCCUUGGGUAUCUAUUAAAUAUAGUUCUGUUUAGCAUUUCCUUCUGCCUCUACGAGUUUCAAUUAUCAAUUGACUAGUUUCUAAUGUGCAGCUCAGCUCAGGUAUUUAUGUAUGUUGAUUUGCUUCUGAUGAGAUGUCUAUCUCCCUUAAUUGGAUGCUAAUUCCUUUUUAAAUUAUUCAUUCAUAGGGAGCAAGCACCUGAAUGGAUUUCUUGAGUCAUCCAUUGAAUAUCAAUGUGGUCAAUCUGUGUCCACUUUCUAAUGCCCAGCCUAGGGCUCUUAUAUACUGCUUCUCUGAAGCUAAGCCCUAGUGCUCAGCAUCUGACUUAAUGGAGCUUAUGUGAAUUGGAUAUACGUGAGUUGGUGUAGUCGGCUUAUUGUUCAACUCUUGCAGCCAUUCAACCUAUACACAGGCCAUAACAGACCUAAGGUAUGAAUUUCUCUCAUAUUUUAUCUAUUGAUUUUGUUAAAAACUUCCAUGGCUAACUUGAGCGUCUUAAGUUCCCUGCUAGAGCACACUUCUACAGCCCUUCACCAUCUUUCCUCCUGCCUUUGGAUUGUGCUUUCUUCUGUACCAGCUGCCUCUACCUUCCUAUUCUACCCUGAUAAAUUUUCAAGAUUUUA